CAAAUUCCAAAACCCAAAGGGAAGUAAAGCUUUAGCUGUAGGGUUUAUCACACUCUCUCUCUCUCUCUCUCCUCUGUGUGCGAGAAUGACGAAGUUCAGGAAACUAGGUCGGCCUACGGGCCAUCGGAUGUCCAUGCUCAGAACCAUGGUUUCGCAGCUGGUUAAGCAUGAGCGCAUUGAAACCACUGUUGCCAAGGCAAAAGAGGUUCGGCGUCUAGCUGAUAAUAUGGUUCAACUUGGAAAGGAGGGCUCUCUAUGUGCUGCUAGGCGUGCUGCUGCUUUUGUGCGAGGAGAUGAUGUCAUUCACAAGCUAUUUACAGAACUGGCUUAUCGAUACAAGGAUAGAGCAGGGGGAUACACAAGAAUGCUUCGAACUCGUAUACGUGUUGGUGAUGCUGCCCCAAUGGCUUAUAUUGAGUUUAUUGAUAGAGAAAAUGAACUCAGACAAUCAAAACCACCAACACCGCAACCACCCCAGAGAGCUCCCCUGGAUCCUUGGACAAGAUCCAAGCUUUGCAGACAGUAUGCACCUCCGAAAGAAGAGAAAAGCUCUGGAAACGAGGAUUGAUAUAUUUUGUUUUUGUUUUGGGAGUUCAUUUGUCAUAAUUUCUUCAUGUGGCAUAGAUUCAAUUUCUUGGAUCUCCAAUGAAAUUUUGCAUAUAUGGGAAUUGUCAUCCAUUUCCAGAUGUUUAAUAAACAUUGAAAUCACACAUAAUUUGGAUGCCGUUUUGUAGCUUUGUGGUGGAAAGAAAGAAUAAGAAAAAGGUAAAGGUGUCUGGAAUCAAA